AUGGAAGGGGCCAGCAGCCCUAGUCUUAGACAAGCCACCACUGCCGAAGGAAUAGUUUCCCCAAAGGGUGAUGGAAGCCUCACCAAAGAGGGGCUCAGUGAGAAGGGCCUGCCCCCCUCUCCAGUCCUGACCCCUCGGAGGAGCCGAAGGAAAUGCAGGAAGUGUGGCAUCUGUCCCCAGGAGGAGGAAGAGGAGUCAGGCUUUCCCCUGAGGCUUGGUCAGACACCUGAUGGGGACUGCAAGCAAACACAGGACCCUCUGGAGAGUGCUUCUCCAGAGGCCUUGGCAGGUCCCCAAAGGCUUCUUCAUUCUAAGGACCUUGAGCCUGGAGAGCCAGGCAGCAGUUGGGUGCAAUACGCUCCAGAAACUGAGGUUGAAAACAUGUUCUUUUCUAAGGAUGUGGUUCCACCAGACAGCCUCGAUCACCUUUUUGAAUUCCCAGGGCUCUUUGGAGGUGACCCCCUUAGUCUGGUCACCCAGGAUCCUCCCCAGAGCCCAGCACUGUACCCAGAGUUGCUGACUGGGAAUUCUACAGAGCAGCAGGAAGUGCAGCCCGCAUUUGUGGUUGGCAGCCUUGGCACUCCACCUGAAAUGGAGGGGCCGGACGACAAGGCCCAGCCAGGGUCCAGGAUGGAGCUGGGGCAAGAACUUACUGCUCCAGCUGACUCCUGUGCCAGCUCCCCAGAACCUUUGGGCGGGCUCGAUGGUGAUGCACCCCUGGAGCAGAGAAGACCUACACAGGUGAAGGAGCAGCCUUGGCCAAGUCUAGACGACUCUAGCCAGAAUCACCCAGAGGAACCCAGUAAAAAUGAUUACCCCAGACUGACUGACCCUUCAGAAACGGAGAAUGUGGAGCCUCUUCAGCAGAGGGCAGAGGACCCAGGUGAACAGGAGAUUGUGCCUCUGGAUGUUGGAGUGCGAUCCACCGUGGUCCGUGCAAUGCAGGAGGUACUAUGGACUCGUGCCCAGGAGCUUCCCAACCUGGCGUUGAGGGAGGAAGAGGUAGAGGGUAUUGCAGAGGGCAUUGAGGAGGCCCUCUUCCACCUGACCCAAGACACCAAUCUCCGCUACAAGAACAAGUACCGCAGCCUGCUCUUCAACCUGCGAGAUCCCCGAAAUGUUGACCUGUUUCUCAAAGUGGCUCACUGUGAUGUCACCCCUAAGGACCUGGUGCAGAUGAGUUCAAUCCAGCUGGCCCCCAAGGAGCUAUCCCGCUGGCGGGACCAGGAAGAGAGAAGGGGCCUGGAUAUCAUUGAGCAACAACAGAAGGAACUGUACAGACUUCCCACCUCCAAACUGACUCACAAGGGCGAGGUGGAGAUCUCUCGGGACUCGGACCAGAUGCUGACCUUGGAAGACCUGAUGGAACCCAUGGUACCCAGAGAGUACAGCCUACAGGCCCUGACAACCCCCCUGGAGGACACCACCGAUUGGCACCAGCACCACCUCUGUGACUCUAACUGCCAAGUCUGCAUGGGUAGGGAGGAAGGCAGGAAGGCUGACGGCUGUAACCAGACAGAGCGACAAGUGGGCAUCAGCCAAGACAUGGAUCCGAAAUCCUCGACUAAACUGCCAGCCUUCUCCGGGGCCAUCAUGAACAUGGAGGAAAGUGCCAUCCAGAGAGCCCCAGGUCCAGCUCCUGUGUCCUCUUCAGAGAUGCUCAAAGUUGGGGAGACAGUUGCCAAGGAACCACAGGACAGGCUCCAGAUGCCUGCUGAGUCCAAAAAUGCCCUGCCCAGCCCUCCACCCUGGGAGGGCUCACUGGACAUGUUCUCCAUUAAGCACUUCCGGGCCAAGGCACAGCUGAUCAAGGGACACAGCUGUCAGCUUGUCCAGGCUCUGCCAGAGGUCAUUCGCUCAGCAGGCCGCCUCCCUCCAAACCACGUCUGGGAUCAUCUAGAUAGUAUGGGCCCAUCCAGGGCAAAGGACAUCUGUGUGAUCAGACUGUGUCCCCACGGGUCUCGGGACAUCCAGAACUACCGUCUGCUUUACUCCUACCUCAACAGCAAGCAGUGCCACUGCCUGGCGACCGUGCAGCUUGUGAAAAUGGUCCUGCUGCCCCUCCCUGCCUUUGAGCCUCUGCCAGCCAGGCUGCGCCCUCUGGGGGGCCCAGGUCUUGAAACAACUCACUCGAGCCUGUUACUAGCUGUGCUGUUUCCUAAGGAUGAGCUUCCAGACACAGCUUUGUCCAGCCCUGGGUCAAACAAGGCCCCAAAGACCGUGUCCUUCAGCAAAAAAGUGGAAAGGAUUUGCUACUCACCAGAGGACAGGAGGUCAGAAGCCAUCCCGAGAGGAUCAUUUCCUCAUGAGGAAGUCCCAAAGCAGAGCUUGGCCACGGGCAGCCUGGCUCUAAGGGGUGUUUGUGCUCCACAGAGCCUCCCCAGAGGCAGGGGGAGGCAGGAACCUGGAUGGGGACAGUGGUCCCCAGAAGCAGGCUGGCACUACUCCUGGCAUCCCAAUUCAGAAGGUCUAAUGUUCCCUGGCAUUGGCCAAGGACAGCACCUCCAUAGGGCCUCCUGUUUCCACCAUGACCUACUCCAGAACCUCAAGGUCUUAGUGACCAUGAGUCACCAGUUUCAGGCCUCACUAUGGCCCCAAAGCCAGGAUUCCCUCCCACCAUCCACUGUAGUAUCUGCAGGUCUAGAUCCCCCGGGGCCUUCUUUGGGCCCCAUGGAUGGAGGUGGCUCUGAAUGUUCUGUGCCAGAGGGGCCUGACCCUUUAGAGCCACCAGAACAGGAAUGUUGA